UUUUUUUCUACUCUUUCAUUCAUAAAUUAUAAAGCACUUUUUUUUGAAUUUCUUUUUUACAUUCGUUCAUUAAAGGAAACAAACAGCUAUGGUCAAAUUCUAUCAACACAGUUUCAGCUACGAUCACCCUUGGCAGAACGUCACAUUGGCCUUCUGGCUCCGUUAUCCUAAUCCCUUUGCUGCUCAUGUAUUGGCAGUAGACGUCUUGGAUCGUUAUGUAGACGAACAAGGCGUGUUGCGAACCACUCGAUUAGUUCUCAAGAAGGGGAAAGCACCCAAGUGGUUUCCCAAAACUUUUCUGAAAAACUCAGAAGCCUUUGUGAUUGAAGAAUCUGAAGUCGACCCAAAGUCCAUGACGAUGGUUACACGCACCAAAAAUCUGAAUCACGUUAGAAUCAUGCAGGUUGUCGAGACACAAAAGUUCCAACCGGGAAGCGAAGAAAACACAACCCUCUGCAAGUCUGAAGCUUGCAUCGUCUCACGCUUUGGAUGGGGAAUGACCGGCAGGAUCGAAGGGUUUGGUCAGAGUAACUUUGCCGCAAACGCAUCCAAGGCACGAAAGGGGAUGCGCCAUAUCCUUCAAAUGAUCCGUGAAAAGCAAGCCGGCGGUCGAUUGCCAUUCUUCCAUACCCAACCUUCUUUGUAACAAAACAGAUUGUUUUCCUCUUCCAUUUUUGCUUUUUUGUUGUCGUUGUUGUUUUUAAUUCCUUUUCUGCUAACCUUCCAAAAUGAACACUGAUGUAAGCCAAUCUCCACACGCAUCUUGUACACCGCCGCCAUCAUGCACUUGGAAAAAAAAACCCCUC